AUGGCAGAUACAGGUCUUCGCAUGAAUUUUGCUGCAUUGAAAAGGGCGGACCCAUAUGCAAAAGAAAUAAUAGAUAGUGCGACGCACGUCGCACUUUACACUUUUGAAGAAAACGAAUGGGAAAAAACCAACAUUGAAGGUGCUUUGUUUGUGUACUCCAGAAAUGGAGAGCCUUACCAUAGUUUAGUAAUUAUGAACAGGUUGAAUACUAGUAAUUUAGUUGAGCCUGUAUCAAAAGGUAUUGAACUGCAGUUAAAAGAACCAUUUCUUUUGUAUAGAAAUGCGAAGUGUCGUAUUUAUGGAAUAUGGUUUUAUGAUAAAGAGGAAUGUGUAAGGGUAGCAACAAAACUGAAUUCCUUGGUUAAAGAUUCUAUGAAGGGACCGAAUGAAAUUCCGCAACCAACAGCAUACAGUGCACCACCACCCGCAAGUGCUCCUGUUGACAUUUUUACUAUGCUCAGUAAAGCGCAAGAUGACUUCAAUUCAAAUAAGGGUGUGGUUUCGAAUAAACCUGAUUCAACAGUUCCUAGACCACCUGACAUGACAUCACAAAGUGUAAUGGAUUUCUUUGCCAAGGCUGGAAGUGGAGCAGCUGUACAAAUGCCUUCUGUGUCAUCCCUUCCAUCUCCUGGUAUAUUUGGGCCACGGCCAAAUGAUGCUAGAGAGACACCUAUGUUGCUGCAGCGGCUGAUGAGCAACCCUGCUCAUUCAGUUGAACAUAUUGAAAAACAACAAAGGUCUGUUACACCACAAGAAGGACAUACAAUGAAUGGCAACAAUUCUAUAGAUCCAAUGAUGAGUCAGACUGGAUUUCAGUUAAAGUCAACACCAAUGGAUAAACAAAACCAGCUUAGGACACCAAAAUUAAAAAAAUUGCAGCAUAUUGAGGGUGAUAUUAAUGGUCCUAACCCCCUGGAGAGUGAAUUGAACUUAAUGAAUAUAUCAUCUCCAAAGCCUUCAUCCCCUCUAGCAACAUAUUUGACCCAAUCAGAAAUUGUUCAUGUAACCCCUUACAAUAGUGGUAAAUUAGAGGAUUUAGGGAUGACUCCUAUAAUGAAUCCUUUUCCUAAUCAGCCCAAGCCUGCAUUGAUGCCACCAACAAUGUUUACUGCUACUACAAGCUGUGAAGUUCAAUCUUCACCAGAACAUUUAACAAGGAAUCAACUUCUUCAGGCUUUUAAUUAUUUACUUAAACAUGACUCUGACUUUGUAAAUAAGUUACAUGAAGCUUAUGUAAAAUCUUUUUCAGAAAAAGCCUUUUCAGUUUCAUAA